GUAGGGUGGGAUUUGAAUUAACAUCUCGCGCAUCAUAACACCAAGAUGUAUAGAGCCUGGCAUAUUUUUUUUUGAUAACGAGGAGGUAAAAGAACCCACAGCUGAGCUAGCUAGGGAUGAUAUUUGUGCCAGCAGAACCUCAAAGCUAAAUAACUCGUUACAAAAGUUGCAAAAAAAAUCGAAUUUUCGAUGAUUUUAAAGAAUCUUCUUUGAGAUAAGUAUACUCGGAACCCAGGCUAUGCAAAAAAUUAAAAUUGAUUGCAUUCUGUAUUUAAACAUAUUUUUAAUCGAAAAACCAAAUCAAAAAAUUUAGAAAAUUGUUUCACUUUCUUGGGUUUUUUCCAUCUGGGAACCACUGUGCGCCGUAAUAAAGGUGUAUACCAAAAUUCAGCCCACUAAGAUUUGGGUUAAAAAUUACUAAAAUGACUGGACUAAUAUAAUACAUUUCGUUAAUUUUCUAUAAUGUAAACAAAAAUACUAUUAUGAGUAGUCAAUAAUAAAAAUCUUAUUUCAGAUGAGUUUGUGAAACUAGGCGCAGUGCAGAAGCUGGCAACAUUUGUGGACCCAGUAAUUGGUUUUGAUAUAAAGACUGAAACUGUUCUGUCUGCUAUUUGUCUAUUGGCACAAUCAGAAGAGGGCAAACUUCAUUUAAGAAAAACAGACAUUUUAGAUACCUUGCAAUCUAUCAAAGAAAAGAACGAAGGAAAAGAAGAAUGCGAGGAGAUAUUGAGGGACACUACUGCCCUAUUGGAUUGUUUACAGAAGGAGAUAUGAAAAGAGCAAACAUAUUUGAAUAUAAGCGCAAUUGUAAUAAUGUUAAUGGGAUCGAAAAUACAGUAUCAAUAUGAAACUUUAAGGAGUUAAGCGAUUUCUACUCGCCGUCUUCCCGAUUUUUGCAUUAAAAAAACCAAGAGGAUAAUAUUAUUUUAUAAUUUUCAUUUGUCACUUUGACUUUUAAUUAAUAUAACUGAUGUUGAAAAGAAAUCAAAAACUAAAACAAACAUUUAAGAGAAGGAAUUGAUCAUUAUCCAUUCAAGAAAUUCAUUUAUUUAGUUCAUUAAAGAUUCCGAACUAAAGAACAAUUUGUCAACUUAUCGAACCGAAAACUAAAUAAAAUCCAAAAAUGUAAAUUACUGAAAAACUAAUUUUUUAUUGGGAGAUUAUUUAACUUUAAAGUCCUAAGAAUUUAAAUCGCUGCUCUGUCGCAAACAACUAAUUUAUGUCGUUUUCUUUCACUCUAUUAAGGAGUACUCUAAAUUUGUACUCCUUUUUCUAGAGUGAUAAAACAUGAGAGUAAUUUUUUUGUUUGUAAUUGUGUGUGUGACAAGGCAAAAAUGGAUAAUUUCUAGAGAUGCCGCGAACAUUGAUUUGGCCGAAUACCGAAUAUUCGGCCACGCUCCUCGGCCGAAUACCGAAUAUUCGGCCAAGGACACACAGAAAAAAACGUUGGUAAUUUCAAAAAUUUUAUACUUUGUCUCAAGAACAACAUCGUAUUGUAACGGUGAAUAACUGAACUACUUUUAAGAUAUUUAAAUGUCUGAACACACUACCUACUACUGCAAAGGUAGACAUCCAAAAUCGAAUUAUAUAUAAGGACUGUUCGCCAAGAUCGAACGGCGGACACAUACAAGUGGUGGUCAACACAUACUACAAAAUUUCAUAUUUUGACAACAUUUUCUAAAGUCUACCUUUCUUCUCCUGGGACAAGUGUUUACAGCGAAAGACUAUUUUUCGAAGCAGCAAUAGUCUACGAAGAUAAACGUUAUCGUUUACUACCAACAAAUGCGGAACAAAUAGUUUUCAUUCACCACAACUUGCCUUUAGUAGAUUAUGAGUACUAAAAUUGCAAUUUUUUAAUAAAACACACAUUUUGGUAUAAUAAUUUAAGUCAUUUUUCUUCUCCGAAUAGGCCGAAUACCGAAUAGUGGCCGAAUGUUCUCGGCAUCUCUAAUAAUUUCCUUGAAAAAAUGAAAUAGUAAUGAUGAUACGGAAACAAAUUUUACGGGCGACUAUGAUAUGAGCAACUAUGAUACGAGUGUAACGAUGUUACGAAUUUAAAUGUUAGGAAUACAAACGCUACGAGUUUUGUGGAGGCUUUUUUUUGGUAUUGUAUUUGAUCUGGCAACAAUAAGAGGAACGUUGUGAAAUAAUGACAAUAAUGGAAUGGAAGAGAUGUUAUCUGAUUGGUCAAACAUUAAUAUAUUAGCCAAACAGAAAAUGGGAUUGGUUGAAAUUUUUCUAUAAGGUCUCAAAGAAUUAUGAAAAUGAUAGUAGUAUUAUUUUCAGAGAAGCAAAAGAAUUGAAACUGGAAGGUUGAUUGCCGUUGCACGUACAUAUGCUUGAAAAUAAAAAAUCUGGAACAUUACCAACGUUAAGGCCAAAACAGUGUAGGUGGGUUUGAGCAUCUUGCAGACCUUGUAGACCAAGUUUUGGUAUUGUGAGGAAUUUUUUUUUCGAGAUUUUAAUGAAAGGGAGGUCUUAACUAAAGGCUGUCGUUGUACUGUCCGUGCACCUAUGCAGUUAAGGGUCCACUUGAAGCAAUCCAAACGGUUAAAAAUGAUUUUUGAACUUUGACGAUUUUUAUGUGACUUAACAUUUUUUAUCUAGGUACCUACUCGUACUCGAAGGUAUUCUUAAUAUGUAUUAGUUAUGCGAACAAAAAAAAAACACCUUAUUGUUUCACGCAAACAAUUAAGUCAAAUUAAGGAAAAAAAAAUUAAACAUUAAUUAUAAACGACUUACACGUGAAUGCAUUUCGAACGCUUCGGUGGCGGUCAUCAUCAGCACUAACGCAAUUGACAAAAAGAAUUAUUGGUUUUGGUAAAUCCAGAGCGAAGAAGAAACAACUUACAAAAAAUCUAACUCUUUCUUCUUCGCUCUGCAUUUACCAAAACCAAUAAUUCUUUUUGUCAAUUGAGUUAGUGCUGAUGAUGAGCGCCACCGAAGCGUUCGAAAUGCAUUCACGUGUAAGUUAUUCGUUUUUGAGAAAAUUGAUAUAUCUCGAAAACUCUAUAUUGGGGUGGUGUGGCGUGUGGGUUAUUUGGAAGUGUGUUGUACAGACGCCUUAGUAAUUGGGUUGAAGAACAGCAGAUACUUAGUGAAUGCCAAGCUGGAUUUCGUCAAGGUUACUCCACCGUUGAUCAAAUUUAUACACUAAGCACUAUUGUAGACAUUUAUCGUGAGGAAGGAAAAAACAUUUGAUUUCAAAUCCGCAUUUGACACCGUAGAUCGAGAUUUAUGUCGUUUUCCAAAAUUAUGGGAGUGAAUCACUCCUUUUUUGUGCAAUUUUGGAAUUUGUUCACGACUAAUUUGACAAGUGGAGUGAUUUGACGUUUACUUUGCAUGUGUUUGUAAUACUAAUAAGUAAAAUAAUAACACAAUCUUUUAAAUUCACUUUUAUUGAUUUUUUACAAUACUUUGUUGAUUCUUUUUAUAAAUAAAUAUAAUUUUCUUCAUAAAAAAAAUUAAAACAACCACCCAAGAAUUUGACAAUGACAAGUAGUCCAUGAAGUAAAAUGUAGAAGUAUUGGUUAUCACUCCGUCACUCCUUCAAAAUUUUGGGAGUGAAGAAUUCACUCCAAAAAUUAACUCCUUUUUCAAUUUUGGAAUUUGAAAUCACUCCUUUCGGAGUGAUUAUAUCACAGGCAAUUAUAUACAGAUAUCGCAUCCCAUAGAAAAAAAUGGUCAUCAAAAUUUUUUCCAGCCGACACAUUUCAGCCGACAAGAGCUUUUUAAAUUUGAAUCAAAAAGGAGAAGAGAAUUUUUCAGCCGACAAAAAAGCUUUUUUUUAAUUUAAAAAGAGAACAAUAAGAAAGGAUCUCUUUUCUCUUACGACCAUGGCCUUACUCACUCUCCCGCGAAAAUAAAAAAAGGAGUGCAAGUGGGUAGAUAGAAGUGAUUUCAAUUUGUCUCUGACUUUCUAAGCAAUCAGCUGCUGUGAAAUAUUUCAAAUACAUACCUACCUACCUAUUUAAAUAACAAUCAGUAAUUUUUAUUACUACAUACCUAUAAAUAUUUUGAAAAACAAUUGAAAUAUUAAUAUUAAUUUUGUGCAAGUGUUGUGUGAAAUUAUUUUGUUUUAUAUUAUCUACCUACCUACCUACUUUCUGAAUUUUGUGUUUCUUAUUUUUUUUUUUUUAUUUGGUGAUUUUUUUUUUUAUAGGUUCCAAUUGAACCAAAUAAGAAAAAUGUGAGUAAAAUUUAACAAUUCAUUAAAAUAUCUUAUUGUUUUCAGUUAGGUACCUACGUAUGUACCUAGUUCUUUAUUUCUUAUUAUUGUGGAUAGGCACAUAUCGUCGGCGUAAAGCAAAAUUGUUCUCAGUACAAAGGAUUUCUUAAAGACUUAGAACAAUUUUUCUCUACGCCGACAAUAUGAAAAUAUUUUAUAAGUGUCGGCUAAUGUUGAGAUUGCAUGGGCACCGAUCAGAUUGUUCAAUUGUGUGUAGACAUCUAGACAUACAUAUGAGGUGCAGAGUGUUGGUGAAAUAUGAGCAUGAGCGUAGUAUUCGUAUCUGCGUAUACAUUAACCCGAUGUCGUUGGGCGACAUGACGUCUGUCUGCGUGCGUAAGGCGGCCCAUAGACAAAACAUUAUGUGUGUUCGCUCCGAUGUGCGCACAAUUGUGGUGUCUGGUGUGUAUGUGUAUAGCCAGAACUAUAAUUGGCGGAUGGAGUCGGAUGCUAAUGUCAAUUGUUGUUGUAUUUCCAUAAGUUUCCAUCCGACGAGUGCGGUUGCGAGCGCACUCGUCGGAUGGAAACUUAUGGAAAUACAACAACAAUUGACAUUAGCAUCCGACUCCAUCCGCCAAUUAUAGUUCUGGCUUAUGGUAGAUGGAUAGGUAGGUAAGCAGGUUCUUAGAUAGAGUAGAGUGAAUGAAUUGGCGAAUUCUAUUCAUGUUUUUGUUUACAUUUGAAUUGCAUUCAAACAGGUGAAUUUUAUUUUUUUGAUGGAAGCAAGAAAUAAAAAAAUGAAGCAGGGUUGAAAAUAAAAUCUUUUUGAAAACAAACAAAUAUUUACUGCAACUUAAUAAUAUUUUGAAUUAAAAAAAUACUACUGCACCUGAAAAAUAUUUGUAUUGAAAAUAGGUAUUAUCUUUAUUGACAAAAACAAUAUUUUGCCUCAAAAAAAAUUGUAGGUACCUUUUGCAAAUACAAAAAAAUUCUUCAUAGAAAAAACAAGUCAAUGAGAAGUGUGGGCAAUAUAUAGUUCAUUUUUAAUAUUCGUCGAACUUCUUACAAUUUUAGUUGCAAUAAUAUAUUUUUUUUUAAUGCAAAUAUUUUUCAGUUGUAAAACAAUUUUUUUUAUGCAAUUUUUUUUCAGUUGCAGUAAACGUUUUUUUUUUUUUUCAAUUAAAUUUGUUUUUCUUAAAAACACCUAUUCUUUUAAAUUUCAAAUUCAUUUUUUUACUUGCGGUUUACGAUUUACGGACAAGUUAAGGAUUCGUAAAAAUAUCGAGCUCGAGAUAACAAAAAGCGAAAAAUUGGGUCUCGCAAUAGUUUUGUCUGUAUCCUCUAUCUCGAUCUGAAGCGAUUUUCCUACUUGAAAAUUGAUAACUAAGAGUUUUUCGUGAUACCGUAGACGGAAAAUCAAUUUGUUUUAAGACAAAAAUAAACGGUAGAUAUGUACGUACUGGACAAAAAAGAAAUGGUUGGGUUUCUCAAAAAUGGCAAACGAGGUCGUACCUAUCAAAUAAAAAAAAAUAUACUUUGAACUGUUAUUAUUAUAUUUAUAUUUAUGCAAAAACGAAUCUCUUAUAUGAAAAAUAAGGAACAUUUCCCAAAUAUAAUUUUUGGAUUUUUAAAAAAGUUAAAUUUUUGUUUAUUUAUAAAAAAAUGGCUAGAAAAACGUCUCGAUUUUCAAAUUUUUUUUCUAAAAAUUCUUCGUUUUACAAGAAAUUAAAUGGCAUACCUACUUGGUUUGCAGCUAAAAACCAUUUUAACGAGAUAAUUUUGUAACUUUAAAAGAACUUUUAUUAUAAUAUUUUAAGUUUUUUGUGUAAGUAUAGGUACCUAUGUUCUACCCACGUUAAAUAACGUUUGUAGGUACAUAGUUACUAUUUGUUCGACAUAGGUAUGUACCUACCUACCUACUAACUCAACUUGAUCAAAAUUAAAGACAAAGUGUAGCAGAUAUGUUACCAUGUAGGUACUUAGGUACUUGUUUCACCUACCUACUUAGAUACUCAUGAUUUCAUACCCCAGUUAAAGAAGACAAAAAAAAAAAUAAAUAAUAAUCAUUUUUAGCAAAAAAACAGAACCGACUUCCAUGGCUCAAAACUGGGUUUUAUGAUUUUUAAAAUAGUUCCUAUGGCUAAAUGAAGAUGAAAUUGAAAUGGGACUACACUGCAGCCACCAGCUUUCCAAUACAAAAAGAUUUAUCAAAAUUUGUUCACUCAGUCCAAAGUUAUGCGGUAACAAACAUAAAAAAAAAAAAAAAAAAAAAAAAAAUACAGACGAAUUGAAUACCUCCUUUUUUUUGGAAGUAUGUAAAAACCAAAUCAAUGCGCUAAAAAAUGAAACUGUGCAUGUAUUCUUUUUUUCUUGAUUUCCAAAAAAUAUCCCAAAACCAGAUUUCAUUUGCUUAUUCCUAACCCUAACCUAUCCCAUGAAAAAAUAUUAAAGAACAAAAUUUCAUUCAUUGAUUAGGUACCUACCUACCUAUACCUACUUUCUUAAAAAGCAUUCACACUCCUUUUGCAUACCUAAACACAAUUACUUAAUCCCGCCAUUCAAAGAAACAAAAACAAAACUGAAUUGCAAAACAAAAAAAAAAAAAAACAACCCAAAUAUGUACAAGCACAUAUUCCUUAUUCUUUCUUUCUCUUCUAAAAGAUCUUUUGUGAGUAGGUACUGCACUACUGAGUAGGUUUUGUUGUUGUUUUUUUUAUGAACCUUUCUCGUCGAGCCAGACUGACCAGCGUCAACCGUUGAUAGAAAUAAAUAAAAAACGUGCGUCAGGACGACUCGAUACUCGAGCCACAAGGUCUAUUUCUAUGGACAGAAAGAAAAAAAAAUAUGUGCACAACGGUCUUGAGUUGUAAUCGUAUCUGAGUUUUAUUUUCUUUGGUUCUCUUUUACUUCAAAUGCGACGAUUUUCUAUUAGCCUUUCCAUUUUUUGAAUUGACAAAAAAUAUUGCAACACCACAGAUCAACUCAUAUUUUUAUUCCUCAUCCCAACCUUCCUUACGAAAAAAAUAUAUGAGAAAAAAAAUGCAUUUAUUGUUCAGGUUGUUUUUUUUUUUUAAAUACGUCCACAAUCCAUCUGCACACACACAAUUCUAUUUUCCUUCCAAAAAUCCCGCCUUAAAAAAAAAAAAACAGUUAAAGCGCGAUUUUGCAAUGCAAAAACACAACAAAAAUACAAGAAAAAAUUCAGAGAUACAGAAAAAUAACGAAAACGAUUCCAACUCAAGAGUCAAGACCGUUAUGCCCAUGAUUUUAUUUUUCUUUUCUAUCCAUACAAAAAGAUCUUCUCGCUCUGUCUGAGCGAGAGCCGUGAAAACACAUGAUAAUGAUACUCACUCUCAAAUAACACGUAAAAGAGAAUCAGAGAAUAAAGAAAUUCUAAAGAGAAAAAAAAGCAUUUUAAAUUUUCUCAAAUUUUUCAUUGAAAAGAGCUUUUUUAAAAGCUCUUCAAAGUGGUGAUUUUCAGUUUCAUAUGUCACUUUUUUCUAUGAAGAUGAGACAUCUGUAUAUAAUUAUUUGUGAUUAUAUAGCUAGGAGUGUCAUUCCUUGAAUUUUGGAAAACGACAUUAAUGUUCUAUAAACUUUCUGCUCUGGAAAUACCAUAUAAAAUGUUGAGGACAUUAAGGAAAAUAUACAAAAACUGUUCAGCGAAGGUAUUGGAUGAAGUCAAUAUGUUUGAAAGUUUCGUAACACCAACGGGUUUGAGACAAGGAUGCAUCUUGAGCACACUUCUUUUCGCUCUUUUCAUUAAUGAUAUUGUUUCUUAUCUUAAUGGAGGGAUUGAUGUAAGUCGUACUAAAAUCAUACUUGUCAUACUAAAAUUUUGCCUGGCAAAAAUCCUCGAUCGAACCCUCCAAGUGGGUGCCGGGCGGACAAUGACCACCACAGUUUAUGCUUUGUACGAUGUCAAAGCGGUGGCAGCUAAGGUUAUGUUGGAUCGCUGAGUGGUUCUUACUUCUUAAUAGUACAAUCCUAAGAAAUUCAACUUCACCAUAGAUUCGGGGUCCCUAAUUUCAGUGGUGGUGUGAGCUUUUUGAAACCGUGCCGAAGAAUGCAAGACUGGGGGGUAAACCAGUCACUUACGAGCUCUUUCGGAUGCCUGGCAAAGUCCGAAAUAGACUAGCCUUACACCGGUACACGGCUCUGCCGGGGCUGACCUUUUCUUUCCGUUUCUACUCGUGGGACCUUCUAUGAACUCUUUAAUCAAAAAAACAAAACAAACAAACAAACAAAACCAAAAAAACAUGGCGGGAAGCAGGACUUGCCGGCCACUUGCUCUAAAAAAGCGAGUGAUGCGGCAGUCAUGCCAACGUCUACUACUUGCAGGACGGAGUCCAAUCCUAAUGCUAGUAGUACGAACAAUCUUCCGGGAACGGCGCCUCUGAUGCCACCGGUUCGCGAUGAGGAAGUGAAAAACAACCAAACCGUAAACCUAGGUGGCGGAAUGUCUCUCCUGGAAAGAAACGAACUUCCGGAGUUGCCAACUCUGCUGCCACCGGCUAGCGGCGAGGUAGUUAAGAACGACCAAACCGCCAACCAAGGUGACGGAACGUCUCUCCCGGAAGGAAGUAUGAAAAUGUGUGGAAAGGGGACGGUGUCGCUGCUGCCACCGGUCUGUAUCACAGACCAAGGUGACGGGGCACCCAAACCAGGAAACAACAAUGUCCAAGGGGGGGGGAGGCAGGGAUGCUAUUAGCAACUCUGUCUCUACCUCCAAUGCCCGUAAUACCAGUGAGACGGGGAAGAAUAUCGUGGCGGGAGGGGUUAGUGAUACUAAAACCGCUGGCCACGAUAAGUCAUCCUCGAAUUGAGCUGCUCCUUCCCUUGGUGGAGCUGCAGUUCUGAACAAGAACUCCAGCUCGGCCAAGGAAGGGGGCAAAACGAGAUCCAGACCCGCUAAUGAGCGUCUCCGAGCGAUGAAGAUCAUCGAACUCGAUGCUGAAAAAGCCCCGGGGGAGAGAAGUCGUUCUGAACUCGGCAAGCUCAACUGGGCGAGGAAAGUGAUGGAGAGGAUCAGCAAAGACACUACGUCUAAGCGAGAAAGGUCCUUUGAGGAAGAAAAUCCUCAACCCAAAAAAGCAAGGGUGUUGGAUGGCGUACCACCAACACUUCGAAUUGGGAAUACCUUUAGUGACGUGGUCAAAGAAAAGGUUACUGUUGCCGUCAUCGACAGAGGCAAUUUAGAUGGAAACAUCUCGCCUGAUCAUUGGGCGGACGUCAGGGCUCACCUCGGGUUCAGGUUCAUCCCUGUUCUCGAGGCGAACCCAGGCCCCCUUCCAAAGGUAAGCGACGGAGGAUGGCACCAAAAUAGGGCCAAACUCAUCGUUUGCGAUGAUCAGAGAUCGUUACAUCUCUAUAAGCUUGCUGUGGGUGAUUUGGGUGAGAUCUGGCCAGGUGCUAAGCUGGAGGUUGUGCCAAGGGAGGAAAUCCCUUGCAGGCCAAGAGCUCGUACUCUGGUCCCGGCCUUACACACGUCACCAGAGAUGGUUCUCCGACUAAUUCAAUUCAGUAACCCUUCGAUGCCCACUCACGACUGGAAAGUCCCAAUCAUCGAAAAAGAGCCGGUGGCGCGCUAUCGUUCGGCUCUUGUUAUCAUUAACAAAGAAUCACUGGAUCCUCUGGCUGCAACCGGGGGAGUUAUCCAGUAUGGAUUUGAUAGCCUUGUGCUAAAAAUCUAUAAAAAAGAUGUGGAGAUGGCAAGGCUUGCAGGCCAUACGGCGCAGUCUGAAAUGGAGGAAUUGGGCAUAUGUAAAGCACUUUCAGCAAUGGAAGUGGAUGCAUCAUGCAGCUCUUCCAUUCCAGAUCAGCUGUCAUCUUCGAAAGUUCCCGAAGAGGGAACAAAACAAACCCCAGUGUCAGUAAAUGACACGAACCAAAACCCAGCGUCCGAAAAGGACGCGAAAACAAUAUCUUCCGUAUUGGAAGAUGAUGAGAUGGCUGGAAGUUUGUCCGACAUGGACACUGUCAUCGUUGCGCAGGAGGAUCUUCUUUCUGAGGAUGAGCUAUUAAACUCUACCUCAGAAACGGAAGACCUAAAUGCCACAGUGGUGGAGGUUGAUCGUACUGGUUGUAGCCAUGCUGCAGGUGGUACAGAUUAA